UGUCUUGCACUUUGCGCGGAGGGAGAGAGAGCGAGAGAGAAAAGAGAAAAAAAAAAAAAAAAAAGCCAGCCAGAAGAGGAGGCCAGCGGCAUGAAGUGUUAACUCCCCCGUGCCAAGGCCCGCGCCGCCCGGACAGCCGCCCUCCCGCAGCGCCUCCAGCUCCAAGCGGCCGCCGCGCGCCUCGCCUGCAGCCCAGCCCGCGAGACGAACCCUCCUUAUGCAAAGCGCGCAGCGGAGCGGCGAGCGGGGGACGCCGCGCACCGGGCCGGGCUCCUCAGGCUUCGCCACAGCCGCCGCCCGCCGAAGACCUUCCAGAGCCUGAAGCCGCCGGCUCGGCGCGCGCGGAGGCGAGCAGGCGAGGAGGGGCCGGGGCUAGCGAGCGAGCACAUUGGCGUGAGCAGGGAGGAGGGAGGGCGGGCGCGGGGGGCGCGGGCAGGGCGGGGGGGUGUGUGCGCGCUCGGAGCUUUCGGGCCAGCCACCGCCGAUCGAGCUAGAAGCGCCCCAGCCCGGCAAGCUGGCUCACCCGCUGGCCACCCAGCACAGUCCGCUGGUCCCUCUCCUGCAGCCCAUCUGGCGGAGCGGCGGCGGCGGCGGCGGAGGCAGGAGAAUGGCAUCAGAACUGGCAAUGAGCAACUCCGACCUGCCCACCAGUCCCCUGGCCAUGGAAUAUGUUAAUGACUUCGAUCUGAUGAAGUUUGAAGUGAAAAAGGAGCCGGUGGAGACCGACCGCAUCAUCAGCCAGUGCGGCCGUCUCAUCGCCGGGGGCUCGCUGUCCUCCACCCCCAUGAGCACGCCUUGCAGCUCAGUGCCCCCUUCCCCCAGCUUCUCGGCGCCCAGCCCGGGCUCGGGCAGCGAGCAGAAGGCGCACCUGGAAGAUUACUACUGGAUGACCGGCUACCCGCAGCAGCUGAACCCCGAAGCGCUGGGCUUCAGCCCCGAGGACGCAGUCGAGGCUCUCAUCAGCAACAGCCACCAGCUCCAGGGUGGCUUCGAUGGCUACGCGCGCGGAGCGCAGCAGCUGGCCGCGGCGGCUGGAGCCGGCGCCGGCGCCUCCCUGGGCGGCAGCGCAGAGGAGAUG